AGGCUACCCUGUUGCUUUGGCUGUCUCCGUCUGCCAGGGUCUCCGGGACGGGACACGGGCUGGUGUGGGCUUGGGAUCCUCCUGGUGACCUCUCCCGCUAAGGUCCCUCAGCCACUCUGCCCCAAGAUGGGCCGUGGGGCCGGCCGUGAGUACUCGCCUGCCGCCACCACUGCAGAGAAUGGGGGCGGCAAGAAGAAACAGAAAGAGAAGGAAUUGGAUGAGCUGAAGAAGGAGGUGGCAAUGGAUGACCACAAGCUGUCCUUGGACGAGCUGGGCCGAAAAUACCAAGUGGACCUGUCCAAGGGCCUCACCAACCAGCGGGCUCAGGACAUUCUGGCUCGAGAUGGGCCCAAUGCCCUCACACCACCUCCCACAACCCCUGAGUGGGUCAAGUUCUGCCGUCAGCUUUUUGGGGGGUUCUCCAUCCUGCUGUGGAUUGGGGCCAUCCUCUGCUUCCUGGCCUACGGCAUCCAGGCUGCCAUGGAAGAUGAACCAUCCAACGACAACCUAUAUCUGGGUGUGGUGCUGGCAGCUGUGGUCAUUGUCACUGGCUGCUUCUCCUACUACCAGGAGGCCAAAAGCUCCAAGAUUAUGGAUUCCUUCAAGAACAUGGUACCUCAGCAAGCCCUUGUGAUCCGGGAGGGAGAGAAGAUGCAGAUUAAUGCAGAGGAAGUGGUGGUGGGAGACCUGGUGGAGGUGAAGGGCGGAGACCGAGUCCCUGCUGACCUCCGAAUCAUCUCUUCUCAUGGCUGUAAGGUGGAUAACUCAUCCCUAACAGGAGAGUCGGAGCCUCAGACCCGCUCCCCCGAGUUCACCCACGAGAACCCCCUGGAGACCCGCAAUAUCUGUUUCUUCUCCACCAACUGUGUAGAAGGCACAGCCAGGGGCAUCGUGAUUGCCACAGGUGACCGGACGGUGAUGGGCCGCAUAGCCACGCUCGCCUCAGGCCUAGAGGUUGGGCGGACGCCCAUAGCCAUGGAGAUUGAACACUUCAUCCAGCUGAUUACAGGGGUUGCUGUUUUCCUGGGGGUCUCCUUCUUCGUGCUCUCCCUCAUCCUGGGCUACAGCUGGCUGGAGGCAGUCAUCUUUCUCAUCGGCAUCAUCGUGGCCAACGUGCCUGAGGGGCUUCUGGCCACUGUCACUGUGUGCCUGACCCUGACCGCCAAGCGCAUGGCGCGGAAGAACUGCCUGGUGAAGAACCUCGAGGCAGUGGAGACGCUGGGCUCCACAUCCACCAUCUGCUCGGACAAGACGGGCACCCUCACCCAGAACCGCAUGACCGUCGCCCACAUGUGGUUCGACAACCAAAUCCAUGAGGCUGACACCACCGAAGAUCAGUCUGGGGCCACUUUUGACAAACGAUCCCCCACGUGGACGGCCCUGUCGCGAAUUGCUGGUCUCUGCAACCGUGCAGUCUUCAAGGCAGGACAGGAGAACAUCUCUGUGUCUAAGCGGGACACAGCUGGUGACGCCUCCGAGUCAGCUCUGCUCAAGUGCAUCGAGCUGUCCUGUGGCUCAGUGAGGAAGAUGAGAGACAGAAACCCCAAGGUGGCAGAGAUUCCUUUCAACUCGACCAACAAGUACCAGCUGUCCAUCCAUGAGCGAGAAGACAGCCCCCAGAGCCACGUGCUGGUGAUGAAGGGGGCCCCAGAGCGCAUCCUGGACCGCUGCUCCACCAUCCUGGUGCAGGGCAAGGAGAUCCCGCUCGACAAGGAGAUGCAAGACGCCUUUCAAAACGCCUACAUGGAGCUGGGGGGACUGGGAGAGCGUGUGCUGGGGUUCUGUCAACUGAAUCUGCCCUCUGGUAAGUUUCCUCGGGGCUUCAAAUUCGACACGGAUGAGCUGAACUUUCCCACGGAGAAGCUCUGCUUUGUGGGGCUCAUGUCUAUGAUUGACCCUCCCCGGGCUGCUGUGCCAGACGCUGUGGGCAAGUGCCGAAGUGCAGGCAUCAAGGUGAUCAUGGUAACCGGGGAUCACCCUAUCACAGCCAAGGCCAUUGCCAAAGGCGUGGGCAUCAUAUCAGAGGGGAAUGAGACUGUGGAGGACAUUGCGGCCCGGCUCAACAUUCCCGUGAGUCAAGUCAACCCCAGGGAAGCCAAGGCGUGUGUGGUGCAUGGCUCUGACCUGAAGGACAUGACGUCGGAGCAGCUCGAUGAGAUCCUCAAGAACCACACGGAGAUUGUCUUUGCGCGAACAUCUCCCCAGCAGAAGCUCAUUAUUGUGGAGGGAUGUCAGAGGCAGGGAGCCAUUGUGGCCGUGACGGGUGACGGGGUGAAUGACUCCCCUGCACUGAAGAAGGCUGACAUUGGCAUUGCCAUGGGUAUCUCUGGCUCUGACGUCUCUAAGCAGGCGGCGGACAUGAUCCUACUGGAUGACAACUUUGCCUCCAUCGUCACGGGGGUGGAGGAGGGCCGCCUGAUCUUUGACAACCUGAAGAAAUCCAUCGCCUACACCCUGACCAGCAACAUCCCCGAGAUCACCCCCUUCCUGCUCUUCAUCAUUGCCAACAUCCCCCUACCUCUGGGCACUGUGACCAUCCUCUGCAUUGACCUGGGCACAGAUAUGGUCCCUGCCAUCUCCUUGGCCUAUGAGGCAGCUGAGAGUGACAUCAUGAAGCGGCAGCCGAGAAACUCCCAGACAGACAAGCUGGUGAAUGAGAGGCUCAUCAGCAUGGCAUAUGGACAGAUCGGGAUGAUUCAGGCACUGGGUGGCUUCUUCACCUACUUUGUGAUCCUGGCAGAGAAUGGUUUCCUGCCAUCACGGCUGCUGGGAAUCCGCCUCGACUGGGAUGACCGGACCAUGAACGACCUGGAGGACAGCUAUGGACAGGAGUGGACCUAUGAGCAGCGGAAGGUGGUAGAGUUCACUUGCCACACAGCAUUCUUUGCCAGCAUCGUGGUGGUGCAGUGGGCUGACCUUAUCAUCUGCAAGACCCGUCGCAACUCAGUCUUCCAGCAGGGCAUGAAGAACAAGAUCCUGAUUUUUGGGCUCCUGGAGGAGACGGCAUUGGCUGCCUUUCUCUCUUACUGCCCGGGUAUGGGUGUGGCCCUCCGCAUGUACCCACUCAAGGUCACCUGGUGGUUCUGUGCCUUCCCCUACAGCCUCCUCAUCUUCAUCUAUGAUGAGGUCCGAAAGCUCAUCCUGCGGCGAUAUCCUGGUGGUAAGCCCCUCCACCUCCCCCCAGCAAAGUGCAAGCCCGUCACCAGCUCCUCCCUCCAGGACGCCAUACACAGACCCCACUUCCACUAUGGAUUCCUGCUCCUGUUCCUCAACACCCUCAGAUCCUGGGGUCCCAGGUCCCAGGUGCCCUGACUCUCUUGAGCCUCUUGUCUCUGCCCUCUUCCCGUCAGAUUCUAAGUCCUCCCUAACUCACAACUGGUCUCCGAGGCCCUCUGCCUUCCACCUGAAACCACAGAACAUCAGAAUGAGAAGGGCCUUUCCAGGUCACCUAGUCCCACCUCCAUAUUUUAUAGAGAGAGGAGGUGCAGAGAUGAAUCUGUUCAUGG